AUGACGGCUUUGGAACCGACAGAGGAAGACCUUAUUUUCAAGCGAGUCUUACAAAGACUAUCAAAAACUCCAUAUGCGUGCUCCUCGCUAUCGCAGCUAAGCACCCGACCCGCUAACUUCGUAUUCCGCGGCGUCCUCGCUCAGCCAAUUCACACCCAGGACGGAGCCGCGGGCACCAUCAUAAUCAAGCAUUCCACCGACCCGCAUGCCUCAUACCAGGCAUUUGAGGAGUCCCUGCUCAAUGCGCUUGCCAGAUUUACAGCCCUUGAUAUUGCCACAUCCAUCGUGAUCACGACACCGCGUCUCUGCCUGUUUGACCGAGAGACUGACAUCCAGGUUCUGGAGGACUUCACCGGUACCGACGGGUUCAAAUGGGUGUUGUAUUCAGCCAACGCGGACAAGCUUCUACCCCAACCGAGCCCAGCGCUUAUCGGUCGCCAGUUAGGGUCGUGGCUCCGGUCUUUUCAUGAAUGGACCUCAGCGCCUGAGCAGGCUGCUCUCCGGGCGCAGAUGUGGCAGAAUGACCCGAUGCGCAAGGUGAAGUACGGGUAUACCUACGGCAGCUUUCUACCGGUGCUCGAGAAUUACCCGGAGCUUUUGGAUGGCUAUCGGGAGACUCUGGAGACCAUCCGAGAUGCCAUAGCGAAGGAGUUUGAGAAAUCAUCGACGGAGUCAGGUGACAGCUGGGGACUCGUGCAUGGAGACUUUUGGACAGGCAACAUUCUGAUUCCUACUACACCGUGGAGAGAGCCGCCAGUGGCAGACGAGACUAACAAGCUCUUCAUCAUCGACUGGGAGUUUGCUCAAUUCGGACACCGGUCUUAUGACCUUGGUCAAAUUGUCGGAGAUCUUUAUGAACGGAAAGUGUUCAAUGAUAACGCCGCUGGUAUAUCCACGAUGGAAGGUGUUAUCAACGGCUACGGUAAAUUGAGCGAUGAGAUGGCUUUUCGGACUGCCAUCUAUGUAGGUGUUCAUCUGAUUGGUUGGUACAAAAGGCGGCCCCAAAAGGUGAUCCCCCCAGAAAUAAUUGUAGCCGGCUUGACCAUCGGACGGGACUUUAUCAUCAAGGGAUGGGAGAAGGAUCGAAAGUUCUUUGAGGGCAGUGGCCUGGCGUCUCUCUUCGUCGUAAAUGACAGAGGCGUUACGAAGUCAUGA